UUAAAAAAUCAUUUUAUAAAACAUCAAAACGGGAACAAUAGAAAUUUUAAAUUCAAUUUUGAAAGGUCAUUGGCAGUUCCACCUUUCCACUUCCCCUCAAAAAGCACUGAAAAUCUAUUGACAAUUUUUAAUUCUAUCGUUGAAGAAGCAAGGUUUCUUAAAGCGUCAAACACCUGUCCGUCGUGAAGUUGUAGACACAAGUUUAUAGGAAGGGGUUUAUGGUCAAUAAAUGCAACCACGUCACACGCAGCCUAUCGGCGACCCUUAAAGUGGCUCUCCCGAACGAAGAUCUUAUGUCGGCUGAUUUUACUUUUGUGCGUUUGUCUACGAGAUAACUUGUGUGAUAAUUGAAUAUUUUUUUAAUGAAACAACGUAAUAGGAAAAUAGUAAAUCAGGAUUAUAAAAAAGAAGGUGAAAUUCACGAGAACAAACAUGAAUUACAAUUUAAAUGAUUGUUUGUGCCCUGUGCCAAAUUGUCGAUUAUAUUUAAGUACAAGAAAAAAUCUUACCUCACAAAGGUAAGGGAAAUGCGUGAAUAUCAACGUGAGAGACUAAUGUCCGAGACAGCCGAGGAACGUGCUCUCAGAUUAUUUACAAACGCCGAGAGAAUGAAGAAUUCAAGAGCAAAAGAAACUGAGGAACAGGCAGCAAUACGUCGUAUGCAAGAGGCACAACGUAUGGCGCGACAUCGAGCAAAAAAAAAGCGUUGUCUCGAUGAAAAUUUGGCAAGGGAAAUAUCAAAAAUUGCCGAACUUUCAAAAUUACCCGACACAACAACAAUCACCGAAAUGUCCGAGCUCAAUAUGAACAAAAUUUCAGCCGAGCUCAAACAAAUGAUGGAACGAGGAAAAGUACCCGAGCAUAUUGUACAAAUGGCACAACUUGCUGAAUUCAGUAAAAUGAGUGAACUCAAUAAAAUGUCACAAGAUAUGGCUAAACGUUAUGAAAUGGAAAAAAUGGCCGAAUAUGCAAAAACAACAGAAUAUAUGAAAAUGCAAAUGCAAAUGAAUGAAAUUGCAAAAAUGAACGAAAUGGUUAAAUAUUCAGAGAUGACAAAAUAUAAUAAUGACAUUUCAAAAAUGAAUGAAAUCGCAAAAAUGAAUGAAAUGAUGAAAAUGAAUCAAAUGGCAAAAAUUAAUGAAGUUCAACGAAUGAAUGAAAUUGCAAAGCUCAAUGAAAUGGUUAAAAUGACCGAAAUGGCCAAAUACAAUAAUGAUAUAACAAAACUUAAUGAAAUUGCUCAAAUUAAUGAAAUGGCAAAAGAAAUUGCAAAAAUGAAUGAAAAAACAAAAAUGAAUGAAAUGAUCAAAAUGGCAAGUAUACAAAAUGACAUUACUAAAAUGCCUGAAUAUUCAAAAAUGGCCGAAAUGGCAAAACUCACUGAAUUGGCAAAAUUAAAUGAAAUAACAAUUACAAAAUUAAAUGAUCCACCACCGCCGCCACCACCGCCUCCUAAACAACAAGAAAUUCAAAGAAUUCCCGAACCUGUGAUCACAGUGCCAAAUCCAAGAAAUCUGCAAAAUGUACAGAACGUUCAGGUAGCACCACAACCUAGCCCAUCAAAUACCAUUAAUUUUCCGUCAGUGCCUGGUCAGGGAAAAUAUGCCCAAUUAUUAGUUAUCAUCGAGGAACUUGGUAGAGAUAUUCGUCUUUCAUAUGCAGGAAGUCGUAGUGCCGCUGAAAGACUCAAAAUGGGCAUUCAACACGCGAGAAUUCUCGUACGCGAAUGUUUACUUGAAACUGAACAUAACGCUCGACAAUGAUCUGCUAAAAAUUUAUAUGAAAAAAAAAAGAAAUAUAUAUAUUUAGAAAUCUUUUUUAUACGCAAUGUUAUCAAUAUUUAACAAGUAGCCUCUGACAGCAGAUGAGCUACCACUUAAAUUGAGACUUUAUAAUUAAAACUCGCAGAUAAAAAAAAGAAGUUCUCCGCAAAAUUAUUCGCUACAUUGAAAAAAAAAAAAUUUGGUCCAAAUACGUUAAAAAGUUACAAAAUUAAAAAGAAACAUUAUCAUAAGAUUCCCAUAAUAAUUUGCAACUCAUAAAAAAAUUACUAUAUUAAUUUUAGUUACAAUUUUCAUUAAAAAAAAUAUGUUUAUUGAUUUUAGACUUUUAUGUAAUUUUUAUCCUAUAUUUGAAUUUUUAUAAAAUUUAAUUGAAAAAUCAAAGUUAUAAUCAAAAUUAUUUCGUCGUUAUCGAAAAAAUAUAUUUUUAUAUUCUUUUGGCACUUGCCAUGUUUAAUAAUUGAUGUGAAAAAAAGAGAGAGAACAUUAGUAUAUAUAUAUAUUUUAUAUAUGUAUAGAUCUGUUUAGGAAUUAAUUAAAAAAUUAAUUUCUCGUUUAACAGGAAAAUAUUGUAUAUCAAGCAGCAUCAUGAGCAGUUUCUUAAAUGAUGCGCCUUAGAUUAUUAUAAAAAUUUUGCAAUUACAAUCUUAAUUAAAAAAAUUCCAUAUUUUAACAAAGCGCGCAGCUUUAAAAUCAAAGUAAAUAAAGCAUUAAGCUAUUUAUAUAUAGAAACUUUGAUAUAAGCAUAGUAUUCGGAUAGAGAAUUUUUUCUAUUAUAGAUAAAAAAAAUAAACUUUGUAAUAAUUUUUCA